AUGGACCUGAUAGAGGAUCUUGAGACCCUGAAGUUUGAGUCCGGGAUUCAUGAGGAAGACCACAGCUGGCUGUAUUUGCUGGGCCGUUCUCAUGGCCUGAUGAUCAAGGCCUGUGCCCACGCAACCUUCUUCUGCAAGCUACUCCAUAAUUUGAGAAAAUCAGUACCGGAGAAGCGAACGUCUAAAUGUCACUUGACUGGCUUGUGUGAAGAAACUCAGGAUGACGACGCAUUAAAGGUGGGCAUCAUCGGAGGUGGCCACCUUGGGAAGCAACUGGCACGCACUCUGCUCCAGCUCGUCCCCGUCCCUGCUGAGAAUCUGCAGAUCUCCACUCGGAGGCCAGAGACCCUGGAUGAAUUCAAGAAACUGGGAAUCCAGUGCUUUUACCAGAACACUUCUCUGGUUGGAUGGGCCAAUGUGGUAUUCCUCUGCUGCCUGCCAUCUCAGCUGCCUAAUAUCUGCGUAGAAAUUCAAACCCGGCUUGGGAAAGACUGCAUUGUGUACAGCUUUGUCUCUGCCAUCCCAGUAUCCAGGUUGAAACUCCUACUGAAUCACACUAACAUCUUGCGGCCCCAGUAUCAGUGUGCUGAAGAUGUUGCCCACAUCUGGGGGGCCAAUGAGGAGAUCACCGCUGCUCUCCAAGACCCCGCGAUUCUUCAGGCCACCUGCCCCUACAGCCCUGCUGGGGGAAUAAGCCUCAACAUCAAGUGGCUGGAGGGGAUGUUCUAUGCACUCUUAAACUUCUGCACAGCAAAGGACAUGCCCCACUCACAAGUGCUGCAGCAUCUGAGCGAACUGUUCUCCUCCCAGCACCUCGAGGCCUGUAAGGAGGACAAAGCAGCGCCCUUAAAAUUUCAAGCCCAAGAUUUUGUCAGUAAGAUCUAUGCCAAGAACCUGUCUCAGAAACGGCCUUUCCCCUUGUUUGAUCUGACUACUGUGCAACUCAAGGAAACUCCCUUUAGCCAGUAUCUGUCAAACAGCACUACUUUUCAGGACCGCUUUAUACAUCUAUACUGUGACUCAUUUGGCAUCUCCCUAACCAAAGAACAAGAACCAGAGGUUUCCACGGGUUCUCCAUCCCAAUAA